UCACGUGUUCCACGCUUGUUACUUUGUAUCAGUGUGGAUGGUUCGGCUCAGGAGCUGUAGUCGUUGCUCUCUGCCUUUCCUGGGGAUUGUGAGCCUUGCAGUCGGAGUGCUUGUGCUUCUCUUACUGAUUAGUGUAGAUCUGGAAGGCAGAGCUAUGGAGGGGACCCGGGGCUCAUGGAGUGAAAACAUUUUGGACUAUUUUCUUGGUGAAAAGCUAAUAAAAAAGAAAGAUGGCUUAGAAAUAACUUGGUAUCACGCAGCAAACAGCAAGGCAAAAUUAGAAGAAGCCUUACAGAGUGACGUUCACAUGAUUGAAGCAGAUGUCAUUCUGCGUGGAUCCGGUAACAAAGAACCAAUCAUGGCUCAUCCUCCGGAAACGGACAGUGAUAUAACUCUGCAGCAAUGGUUGGAUGGUGUGUCGUCAACUAAGAAAGGCAUCAAGAUUGAUUUCAAAAGUUUGGAAUCUGUGCUGCCAUCAAUGCAGAUAUUACAAGCCUUAAAGCCGAAGAUAAAGCAACCAGUUUGGAUUAAUGCUGACAUUCUUGAAGGACCAGGUGGAAGGGCAAAGCCAGUGGACAGCAAAGAAUUCGUAGAUACUGUAACCUCAUUUUUCGCUGAUUUCACCUUAUCUUUGGGUUGGACCACCAAAUGGUAUCCUGAUAAACAUAAUGAAGGCUACAGCUGGGAGAUGGUAAGAGAAAUGGAGGAGAUCUGUAAGGCGCUGAGCCAACCCGUGACAUUCCCAGUUAGGGCCGCCCUGGUUCGCCAGUCAUGGGAUCAAUUACACUGGCUGCUGAAGAAAUCUGAUAGGUACCGCUUGACCAUCUGGGCAGGGAAAGAUGACUUCUACUCGGUGGACGACUUGCUCUAUGUUCGACGGAAUUCUGACAAAUUCAAUAUUUAUUAUGAUGUGUUUGAACCCCAAAAUAGUGAUUUCAAACGGGCUAUAGCACUGGAAGAAACUGAACAAGAACAAACCAUAACAAACUAAGAAUUAUGUAUAUUACUAUAAUUGCGAGUUUUUUUGGUAUACAAGUACUCAGCACAAACGAAUAUUUUGACCCCUUGAAACCUGGAAUUUGCACUAUAUGUUCGUUUAAUUGUAGUUUAAGGAUUUCUCUUUAAGACUCCCAUACAUAUUGUAUAUUGGGUUUUUUUUUUGGUCUUUCUUUUAAUAUCCUGUAUGUAUACCUAACACAACACUACAUGUGAAU